AAAACGGCGCAUUAUUUUUUUUCUUGGAGCCUCUGAUCACUAAAAAAAGUCGCUAGAUUUGUCGCUUUUGUCAAAAUUUCUCACGAGGGGGGUCCAGAAAGUAGAUAAAAACAGCGACAAAGUCGCAAAGUUGGCAACACUGUGACGAGAGGAAGUUCGGGGUGAAACACGGAAGGGACCCGAAUGCUUUCGCAUUCGACUUCGAGUGGUAGCAGCAGAAUGGUGGGCGCGUGGAGCCUGGUGACCCUGGUGAGCCUGCUGAGGGCAGCGGUCAGAGGUCAGAAGCCAGAUGUCACUGUGUACAGCAGGUUCAUGAGAGACCAGAUCCUCCCAUGCAGCUUUCUAAGUGGAGAUGACCUGCUGGUCCACUGGUACAAAGAGAGGAAAGAUCUUGCUGUCCACUCCUACCACAAAGGUCAGGACCAGUUGGACCAUCAACUGCCUCAGUUCAGGGGAAGAACGUUCCUGUUCCAUGAGCAGCUGCCCAGAGGCAACGCUUCCCUGCUGCUGAAGGAGGUCCAGGUCUCCGACCGUGGACGCUACACAUGCUACACCAGCAACUCCAGGGAGCGACAGGAGUCAUCUGUCAACCUGGAAGUGGAAGCUCCAGUUACAAAGGUCUCCAUCGUUCAGGAAGGAGAUAACAUCACCUGCAGCUCAGAGGGAAUCUACCCAGAGCCUCAGGUCACAUGGUCCAGGAACAAGACUGCUGACACCAGGAUAGAGAAGACGGAGCAGCUGCUCUACAACAUCAGGAGUUCAGUGAGGGUUGAUGAUGAAGGUGGCUACACCUGCCAUGUCAGGACUCUCCAGAGCAGCAGGAGAGCCACAUUGACCACUGCAAGAGGCAUCAUUUUAUCGGGGCCUGAAGACACGUUAGAUUGUCCUGCUCUGAAGUCUCCUGUGACGUCCGUCACCUGGUGGGUCAAUGACAGCAUCAUAGUCCAGAGAGAAGGUCACCUCAAUGUCACAGAGGGGUGGAGAGACCACGUGAAGGAUCUGUCCAUGUCUGGCCACCUGACUCUUCAGAACUUGACUCCUGAUCUCAGAGGAAUUUACACCUGUGAAGUCACCAACGAGGAUGAAACGAAGGUGGAGAUCUACAUGAUGAGACCAGGAGAAAGAACAAGUCUGUGGUGGAUCCCACUCCUCAUGGUCCUGGUCAUUGCGCUUCUUACUGCCCUGGUUGUUCCACUGGGUUUCUGUCUGUAUAGAGCACGCGGUUUGAAAACUUGUGGACAUGAAAAAGAGGAACACAGAGAGGAACCUCCAUAUUCAAGGGUCAACGGAGAAAUCUCAACUCCUCAGCACAUCAACUCCAUUCAGCCUCCUGAAACUGACGAGCCGCCUGUAAACGUCACAGAAGAGGACGGACUGGCAACAUACGUUUGAGACUGGCACCUCUGAAUCUGAGACCAUGGUUCUCUGCAGAAACCAUCCUCUCUCUUUCUCUCCAUCUGCUCCCUGAACGCCUCCUUCCAUCUCUCUCUCUUCACCUGAUGACCCAUGACCCUCCCUGACCCUGAUCCACCUCAGCUACCUCUCUCUCUGUCCCACACUUCCUUCACUCCCUUCUUGUUCCUGAGUCUCUCCUGAACCUCACGCUGCAGCAAACUGCUGAGAGACUGCAGAAAGUGAAGUGGAUCCAUAUAAAGCAGCGACUUCUUCUCUUAACAAUUUCAAAUAACUGAAGAUGCUUGAAACACGGAGCCACAGCUGAUGAUCAUUGAUUUGGAUCCUCAGAGUGUCCACUCAGUUUCUGCAGUAUUACACUGUAACAAUUUUGUAACAUGGCUCCAUCUUUGUUACAUUUCAGUCAGAAUUUCUGUUUACAUUUCACAGAGACUGAAGAGAAGCAGAGUGAAGAGCAGGUCUGAUCAUUUCUGCCCCUCAGUGUCCUCAUGUGUCCUUGUGAGGUCCUUCAUUCUGUUACUGUUGUGCUUUGUUACGGAGGGGUCACGUCACCUCUGGGUGGAGGGAGGUUUAACUGGGGAUCCCACAGCAAGGACAUCACUAUUAGCUGUUAUUCAAGUAAAGUACCUUUGAUUCAUGUCUGUGGAAUCAUUGAGCUCCAGCUGCUGCAUGUGUGUCUGAAUUGUGUGAUGGGGCUAAUAAAACCCACUGCUCCAAAACCAUGAUGUGGUCAGACACCGUUCUUCAGGGUGAGCUGGUUUAGACUCCACACUUGUUGUGAGCGACUGACAGUGUUGGAGGCUGGGAAAUCUGUUGAUAGUCGAGUGUGGAAUGAUGAAGAGGAACAGAGGGAAACGAGACAAGAAGAAGAGGAGCAACAGAUGAAGAAUAAAUGGCUGAAUUCAUGACUGUGUGAUGAAUGAAG